GGCUGGUACCAUCUUCCAACAUAGGGGGGCGCUCUUCAAAACUGAUGAUUAUAUGCUAACUAUGCAUUCUGUGCCCCUUUUCAGGGCGUAUUGUGGGGCUUUGUUUUCAUAUUCCUCGUUUAUAUCAAAACUAUCUAUACCAUUAUUGGGAAAUGGUUACUUCUAAGAAAUAGAAAGAUACUUUAAGGGCAUUUUUCUUAUCUCGAAGGGGCACUUUUAUGCUCGAGGCGAGGGGGCACCUUUAUGGCCGCAAAAGGGGCACUUGGGCAAAUCUGGGGGGGGGGGGAAAUGCCCCCCCCCCACAAAUUAACAAAGCAAAGAAGGCCAAAUCUGGGGGGAAAGAUUUCACAAAAAUAAAACUGUACAAAAUUUGUAUGUGUGACACUGUUUUUCAAGCUCAGAAUCUUGCUAAGAAUUUUUUAAUUAUUUAGUAGAUUAGCUGCCUGUAAAUAGUGUAUUGAGUAAACAUUGAUAGUGACAUAUAUGAUAUUCUUCAUAAUCUUUGGAACAUUGUAAAGAAGCAUGUAAAUAAAUAAUAUUACACUGUAAUGACGUCUCGGAUUGAAUAAUUACAGAUCAUGUUGAAUUCCGACUUGGACAUGAGUGGGCACUUGCUGGCACCUACUGAAAAUAGACACCGCUGUUUUUCUGUGAAAAUCUGACACAAAGAGAAAAGAAAUUCCAAUUAGCAUCUAUACUCCAAUACCCUGUGAAACUAACGGCACAUAUAUAUUAAUUCAUGUAAAACAAACCGAAGUAAAAAACCCCUAAAAAUUGAAUUCGCAAAACUAAUUACCUUGGACCUUGAUCCACCUGGUACCAACACGUUGCCAUUUUGCCACCCCCCCCUCCCCCCUCCCUCCCCUUCUAUCCGCUGUCAAAUUCAGACACCCCAACACUACGAAGAACCAAUGGUUAAAAGACUUAACUAGCCACUCCUUAGUCCGAGGGCAUCUUUGUCUGCAUUGGGACGGAGGUGCGAAGUUAUUAAACCAGUGGCAUUAAAAGACGUGAUUGGUUGACACCGCAGCGUCAGUAGAUGGUUAGUGCUCGGUCGGUCGGUAUCGGAGUUUUGGGACAGUGUCUGCGAAGAGAAAGGACGGGAUCGUUGUCAAGUGGAUUUCAUUUUGAGUCGAGAGGAUUAUACAUUCCGUAAUCCAGUAUGGGUGAUGAGGAGAACGCAGCGUUGGUCAUUGACAAUGGAUCAGGCAUGUGCAAGGGUGGAUUCGCCGGGGACGAUGCGCCGAGAUGCGUCUUCCCCUCCAUAGUCGGUCGCCCCAGGCAUCAGGGUGUGAUGGUCGGCAUGGGACAGAAGGACAGCUACGUCGGGGAGGAAGCCCAGAGCAAGAGAGGUAUCCUGACCCUCAAGUAUCCCAUCGAGCACGGCGUGGUCACCAACUGGGAUGAUAUGGAGAGGGUCUGGCACCACACCUUCUACAAUGAGCUACGGGUGGCCCCAGAGGAACACCCCAUACUACUGACCGAGGCUCCGCUGAACCCAAAAGGCAAUAGAGAGAAGAUGGUCCAGAUCAUGUUUGAGACUUUUAAUUCGCCAGCCUGCUAUGUUGCCAUCCAGGCCGUCCUAUCGCUCUACGCAUCGGGACGCACCACCGGAAUCGUUCUAGAUUCCGGUGACGGCGUCUCACACACCGUACCCAUCUACGAGGGUUACGCUCUGCCCCACGCCAUCUGCAGGCUGGACCUGGCUGGCCGGGACAUGACCGAUUACUUGAUGAAGAUUAUGACUGAGAGAGGCUACUCCUUCACGACAACAGCUGAGCGUGAGAUUGUACGUGACAUUAAGGAGAAGCUGUGUUAUGUGGCAAUGGACUUUGAACAGGAGAUGAAAAUUAGCGUCGGUAGCUCCACCAUCGAGAAGAGCUAUGAGCUACCAGAUGGGCAGAUUAUCACUAUAGGCAACGAGCGUUUCCGCUGCCCAGAGCUCAUGUUCCAGCCGUCCUUCAUCGGCAUCGAGUCGGCCGGCCUCCAAGAGACCACCUACCAGAGCAUCAUGAAGUGCGACGUGGACAUCCGCAAGGACCUCUACGCCAACAUGGUCCUCUCCGGCGGCUCCACCAUGUUCCCGGGCAUCGCCGAUCGCAUGCAGCGCGAACUGACCACCCUGGCCCCCAACACCAUGAAGAUCAAAGUGGUGGCGCCCCCCGAGCGCAAGUACUCGGUGUGGAUCGGGGGCUCCAUCCUGUCCUCCCUGUCCACCUUCCAGCAGAUGUGGAUCAGCAAGCAGGAGUACGACGAGUUGGGGCCAGGCAUUGUGCACAGGAAGUGUUUCUAGUACCCCAUGUCACGGUAAAAUCGGCUUACAUGUACACCCAAAAUUUUUCCCAAAAUCCAAGAUACGUUGUAAAUCUUUAAAAUUUCUGUAAGAAAUCUGCAACUCUAAAUUGCCCAGUCCCUGAAUCUUUCUAUAAGUGAUUCUCUAGACUCCUACUGAUUCUCCCCCCCCCCACCGCCCCAGUUCAGAAGCUGACUAAAAUUAUACUAGUACAAUGGGGGGCGUAAAAU